CCGGGCCAGGGCCCGCCCGCUUCCUCCCCGCGCCGGGCUCGGCGCCGCUCGGUCCCCGCAGACGCGGCUUCCGCCCGGCCGGAGCAUGACCCAGGCGGAGAAGGGCGAGGGGGAGAACGGCAAGGACAAGGAGCGCGACCGGGAGCGCGAGCAGCGCGGCGUGAAGCGGCCCAUCGUCCCCGCCGCCGUGCCCGAGUCUCUGCAGGAGCAAAUACAGAGCAACUUCAUCGUGGUGAUCCACCCCGGCUCGACCACCCUGCGGCUCGGCCGGGCCACGGACACGCUGCCCGCGGGCAUCCCGCACGUGAUCGCGCGGCGGCACAAGCAGCAGGGCCAGGCGGCCUACAGGGACAGCUGGCUCCUCAGGGACGGCCUCAGCAAACCUGAAAGUACUGAGCAGAGACAAAAUGGCCUUAAAAUGGUGGACCAAGCAAUAUGGUCCAAAAAGAUGUCGAAUGGAGCAAGGCGCAUACCAGUGUCACCUGAUCAGGCCAGGUCAUACAACAGACAGAUGAGGCCUGCCAUUUUGGAUCACAGCUCUGGGGCCAAGUGGACAAACACAUCAAAUCAUCCUGAAUUUUUGGUAGGAGAAGAGGCACUGUAUGUUAAUCCAUUAGAUUGUUAUAAUAUCCAUUGGCCCAUUAGAAGAGGGCAGCUGAAUCUCCACACAGGACCUGGUGGCUCCCUCACUGCAGUACUGGCAGACCUGGAAGUCAUAUGGUCACAUGCAAUACAAAAAUACCUGGAAAUACCUCUGAAAGACCUAAAGUACUACAGAUGCAUUUUACUAAUUCCAGACAUCUAUAAUAAACAACACGUGAAAGAACUGGUAAAUAUGAUCCUAAUGAAGAUGGGCUUCUCAGGAAUUAUUGUACACCAGGAGUCUGUCUGUGCUACCUUUGGAAGUGGUUUGAGCAGUGCCUGUAUUGUAGAUGUGGGAGAUCAGAAGACAAGUGUUUGCUGUGUAGAAGAUGGUGUUUCCCAUCGCAACACCAGGCUGUGUCUUGCAUAUGGAGGCUCUGAUGUGUCAAGGUGUUUUUACUGGCUUAUGCAGCGAGCAGGAUUCCCAUACAGAGACUGCCAGUUAACUAAUAAGCUGGAUUGUCUGCUGCUCCAGCACCUAAAGGAGACAUUUUGUCAUCUAGAUCAGGACAUUUCUGGAUUACAAGAUCACGAGUUCCAAAUUCGGCAUCCGGAUUCUCCAGCUUUAUUGUACCAGUUCCGGUUAGGGGAUGAAAAAUUACAGGCACCCAUGGCUCUGUUUUAUCCAGCAACUUUUGGAAUCGUUGGACAAAAAAUGACAAUUUUGCAGCACAGGUCACAAGGUGACCCUGAGGAUCCUCAUGAUGAACAUUAUCUGCUGGCCACACAAAGUAAGCAGGAGCAGUCUGCAAAAGCUACAGCUGACAGAAAAUCUAUGUCAAAGCCUGGUGCAUUUGAGGGAGAAUUGAGAGGCCAAUCUUCAGACAUUUCAGAGAGGAUCUACCCACAAGAAGUGGAACUGGGAUCUUCCCAGGGUGACUGUAUGAUACCUGGCAAUGAUUCAGAGGAACCUUUAACAGCACACAUGUCCAGGAAAACUGCUAUUUCUCAGUUUGAAGGCAAAGCUCUGGGCCUGGACAAAGCCAUCCUUCAUAGUAUCGACUGCUGUGCAUCUGAUGAUACAAAAAAGAAGAUGUACAGCUCCAUCUUAGUAGUGGGAGGAGGCCUUAUGUUUCAUAAAGCUCAGGAGUUUCUUCAACACCGAAUUCUCAACAAAAUGCCACCUUCUUUCAGAAGAGUUGUUGAAAAUGUUGAGGUCAUCACAAGGCCUAAGGAUAUGGAUCCACGUUUAAUUGCCUGGAAAGGAGGAGCAGUUUUGGCCUGUCUGGACACAACCCAGGAGCUGUGGAUAUACCAGAGGGAGUGGCAGCGUUUUGGUGUCAGGAUGUUACGGGAGCGAGCUGCCUUUGUGUGGUAAUGGAGGUGGCUGCAGAGGAACCUGUAGGAACUGCUCUGAAGAUUCCUUUCCCCAAAUGCUCUUUUUUUUCCAGUGCACAGAGAUUGAUCUUCUGCUGAUAUAUAUUUUUUGUAUUUUAUUAAUAUUCAUUUCAACUGAGAUUUUUCUGGAAAUGUUGUAAAAAACCAAAAAACUGACUGAAUUCUUUUGUCUUCAGCUACCCGUCAUCUUUUGAACUGUAUGCAUUGAAUUCUGCAUACAGAGUACCAGUCAUCUCCAAAGUGACUGUAUUUAUAUUGUACAGGUUCUGUAUAUUGAAAUUGCACAAUGUAGGAACUUAAAGUAUAAAAUACUAUGUGACAGUUGUUAAGCCAGGAUCCAUUCCAGAAACGUGUACACAGAAGCAACAGCUGAAAAGUGCAGCUCUGGGUUUAAUGUAAUAUUCUGUUUCCUACUCUAACGUUACCAGGAGAUGAAGGUGUUAAAAAGUGAUCAUUAGUGUAAAAAUUAAAUGAAAAACUAAAACUACAGUCACUGUUUCUGUUUUACUUACGUAAUAAAUUAUUUUAUUCAGGGGAAAGACAA